AUGAAUGAUGUUUCCUUCGUGGCUCCGAGAAGAAAUUCGAUUCUUGAAGCAGCGUACUUCGAUCAGGUUGGUGUUUUCACAUCUGAUUUCCCCCCUUCUCCUGCUAUGAAAUUUAACCAUACGGUAAAGGGGACGAAGAUCUACAAGAUCAAAUAUGGAUCUGUGGUUCAGGUGGUGCUGCAGGGAAGCAGCUUGCUGUUGGAGGAAGAGCAUCCUAUUCAUUUACAUGGGUAUGAUUUUUAUGUGAUGGGUAGGGGGAUUGGGGAAUUUGUGAUGGAGAGGGAUGGGGGUGAGUUGAAUAUGGUGGAUCCUCCAAAGAGGAAUACAGUGGGAAUUCCGGCAGGAGGGUGGACGGUGAUAAGAUUUGUGGCGAAUAAUCCGGGGGUUUGGUUGAUGCAUUGUCAUAUGGAGAUACACCAUGAAUGGGGGAUGGCAAUGGUGUUUUGGGUGGAGGAUGGGGUUGGGAAGAUGGAGUCUGUUAGGCCUCCCCCGACUGAUCUUCCGCCAUGCUAA